CCCAGCACUGCAGAACUCUAGGUCGGCCUUCCUGCUUCUGGCCAUGGCCUGCCCCGGUUGCCUGCCUCUGCUCCUGAUGGGAACCUUCGUGACAGUCUUUCAGCCAACCCUGACCCAGCCUGAUGCUUUCUUGGUCUUCCCAGGCCAGGAAGCUCACCUCAGCUGCACCAUCGAUUCCCAGCACGCCACCGUUGGAGACAUCGGGGUGUCGUGGUACCAGCAGCAGCCAGGAAGUGCUCCCCAUCUUCUCUACUACUACGCAGAAGAGGAACACUAUCGGCCCGCUGACAUCCCCGACAGAUUCUCGGCUACCGUGGAUGCGGCCCGCAACGCCUGUAUCCUCACCAUCAGCCCGGUGCUCCCGGAGGAUGACGCCGAUUACUUCUGUUCCAUCGCCCACAUCUUUGAACCCUAGGACUGGGUUGAAUGUCUUCUGUCUCCUAAGUCUGCCCCCCUCCCCCCACCUUGGGCCUCCUCUUUUUCUCUUAAGUCUUGCUAUCUUUUCUUCCUCUGUGAAAUGAGUUAAUAACAUUCGACGGGUCAACCGCAGUCCCGAGAACCGUGGGAUCCUGUGUAAAUAAAUAAAUAAAAAUAAAUAAAAUAAAUGUCAAAUCGGA